AUGGCGCAGUGCUGGAUGCUUAUCGCUGUGGUUUGCGCGGCAGCGCUUGUCCUCCAACCACUGGUGAAGACUGCAAGCGCUCUACCCAUCACACAGGAACGCCAAGACUUCGAAGCGAGGAAGGAACACCUCUGUCGCGAUGCGGCAAAAGGCCUGGAAACCAUUCCCACGUUGCUGAACUCCUAUUCUGAGGACUUUGCACUGAAAGAAGGCGAGACUGGUGCCACAAGCGCCAGCUCCACAGACUUGAAGCGUGUAUGGCAGCUGGUCAACAAAAUGUGCAUCGACACGCGUGCGAUCAAUGCCCCAAGAGAGGGUGUACUCAAAGCCUCAGGCUCAGAGCGCCAGGAUGAAAGUGACUCAGCACGUGCAAGCCAAGCGCAGCACCAUAUGGCCAACGCCUUGCUCCCUCAAACCUACCCUCGCCAAGAGCGAGGUGAUGUGGACUCAACCAAACUGCAACCGUUUCUUGCAGCCACCAACUGGACAUCAGUGAAGAGCCUCACUCUGCGUGGUCUUCGGUCCCCAACAUUUGCCCUGCAUUGGCUGCACACGACGCCCAGCGUGGUUGAGCUUGACAUCAGCCACAACAGCGUGCAAACAGUGGAUGUUUGCUUCUACGACGGGUGCUUGUCGCAGCUCAUCUCGCUCGACCUCUCACACAACCUGCUCACAGAAGUACCAUCUCCACUCUUUGAAGUCGGCAAGACCAUCACCUCGCUCGAUUUGAGUCACAACUUUAUCACAGUCUUUGAAGCUCGCACGCUCUUGGGCCUCCCCAUUACUGAGCUGGAUCUCUCUGACAACAAGAUUUCCGUUAUCGCAAAUUAUUCCUUCGUGUAUCCAGCCAAGGUACAGGUGCUGGACCUGCGAUCCAACAAUUUGAAGCAUCUGGCACUCGAAGUGUUCUACAACUGCACAAGUUUGACACACAUCUACUUGGCAGACAACCUGUUGGACGAAAUUGAGGGCGUUGAAUUCCAGCCCCUUCAGCAUCUUGAAGUGUUGGAUGUGUCCAGCAACUAUCUCACCGUUGUGAAGGAGGGGCUGGCAACCGCAUCACUGCAGUCUCUGUACCUGCACGACAACAUUAUCACACAAGUUGACCGUGCCGCCUUCUCGCUGGGUACGCACCUCAAAAACUUGACACUCGAUGGCAACCAGUUGCAGCAUUUACCAGAGGGCGUUUUCGCUGCGUGCAGAAACCUUCAAGCGCUGUACUUGCAACACAACCAACUGAAGUCCGUCACUCAGAACACGCUACAAGGUGGAGAUUCGCUUACCGCACUGUAUCUGAGCCACAAUCACUUGACUGAAAUCAAGGACCUCGGGCUAAGGAAACUAGCCACACUUGAUGCAUCGUUCAACCAACUCGACUACUUUUACCUUCAUUCAAGCGCAUUGCUCACUUCCCUGGAUCUGAGCGACAACCCUUUGAGCGCGGUUCCCGAUCUGACCCCGCUGACGCAACUUCAACUCUACGGACAGCGAGACCAUUUCAUGGCCAUCAUCGAUCUCAGCGUGUUCGCGAACAUGACGGGCCUGAGAGUGUUGGAUAUGGACGCUGCAAUUGGAAGCACAAGUGCAGUCGUGUUUUCGCGACAUCAGGCACCAGCGUGGAGUUUGUCUGAUCUCGUGUUCUUUCACAUGGCAAAUGUCAUAUUUCCACACGAAUGGCUACAUGGCUCCAACGCCACCGCUAACUUGAUCAGUCUGCACAUUGGCUGGCCUGGCCUGAACGAGACAUUGCUGCCAAAUCGCCAAUUGUGCAGUCUCCUCGGCCCUGAGGCGACUGAGCUGGCGCUGGAGUCCACUUCGUACACAACUCUGGAGCUCUGUGAGGGCGUGUCACUGAAAACGGUGUUUUUGAUGAACAACUCUGCCAUUGAGCACGUGUUUGUGCAUGGCUCUCCCAACCUCGUGAACGUGUCUGGCUGUUCUUCUUUGGCCGAGAUGUCCGUGCCAGAGGUUCCCGUGCUUGAUAUCAGUGACACCAAGAUUCCACCACAUGAGGCCCUGUGUGAUACACAAGGCUCGACUAUUCUCAUCGCGCGCAACUGGAGUCAUCCACGCCUCGGCCAGAAUAGCGACACCAAAGCCCUCAUCACCCGCUGUUUGGAGGCUGUGAAUGUGUUCGAUUUGUCGGACAAUCAAUGGCUUGCCUCCCUCGACCUCGUUGAGGCUGCCGCGCGAACAGUCAUCUUCAGCACAGACCCAACUCUUUCUCCCGACGGGCGGUAUCAGCCAUCAAGAAUCGCACCACAAGUGUUCUUGACACAGCACACGCUUGUGGAAUGUGAACUCAACUUUGACGACCCAUACAUUGCCACUGACGAGAGCGUCAUCAGCCGACGUCUGGGCUACAACUUCCAGUGUGAUUGCGUUUUCGGGUCUGUGCAGGGUGGACAGUGCUUGCAAAGCGCACACUCCAGCUCACAUGCUCGAAAGGUUCAAGCAAAGCUGCUUGCGGCCGUGUUCUUUGGUGGGGUAGCCACCACAAUUGUCUGCUUUUUCGUCGGGUUCAGGUACUUGGGACGACGGACGGCAUUCCCAUUCACGCGUCAGCAGAACAAUUACACUACUGUGUAA